AAUAUUAGACUGGAGCAGGUAUUAUUGGAAUAUAUUAUUUAAUAUUAUAACAUUUCGCUAACAUUAAGAAUGACAAAACAUUACAAAGACAGUAUGUAAUGAUAGUGCUGUCAUGAGAUUUGUUCUACUAAGUUAGCCUGUGACAAAGGAUGCAUAAUUAUACAUUGUAUGAAAAUUUAUUAAAACCAAAAUCAUUUCGUUAACAAGACAAUUUAACAGCAAAAGAGGAAUGAGAUUUCAUUCGCGUGCAUUUCUUGUAUAUUCUUUUAUCUUAUUGAUUUGUAUGCAUUUAAUGAUAAAGAAACAAGAUAAAGGAAAUAAUGAUCAUACUACUCGAACUUUGUUAGUACAAAGUAUUAACUUUUCAAAAGUUACAAUUAACAUUUCGCACAAUCUGUUAUAUUUCACAAGUAAUAUUUUUGACAUUUCUGCUAAAGAAAGUAAAACAACAAUAGAUAGAAAGAUAAUUGUAUUUUUCAAUGUACCGGAAUACAUGCAAGUUAAUGCGAGGAAGGAUACGCUUUAUAGAGACUGUGAAUAUAAAAAUUGUAUAAUUUCGUUUGAUAUUAAUAAAAUGUUGAUAGCAGAUGCCGUCAUUUUUUACGUAGGGAUUAGAAAUAAGCGAAUGGGUAAAGAUCCACCAAUAGAUCUGAAACAACGAAACCCAAAUCAGGCAUGGAUAUUUACCUCUGUUGAGCCUCCAGAACACUUUUAUAAUACUGAUUAUCAAUCAGCAUCGUGGCAUAAUACGAUGAACUGGUCCAGUCUAUACAGACUUGAUUCAGAUAUACCAAAUCCUUACGGUUGUUUAAUACGCUCUAUGACAAUUAAUAAGCAGGACUAUGUUUCUAUAUACAACGCAAAAACAAGGAACGCUCUGUGGAUGGUAAGCCAUUGCCAGGUUUCUAGUGCCCGAAGGCUGUAUGUUACAGAACUGAUAAGGAGUGGAUUUGAUGUAGAUAUCAUAGGUGAGUGUAGUUCAGAUGGAAGAAAACUAAGCCCGGAUGAAUUUGAACAGAUUGUUCAUUCUUAUAAAUAUUAUCUAGCGUUUGAAAACUCGUUUUGUGAAGAUUAUAUUUCGGAAAAGUUUUUUCAACAUUUCAAUUUAAGUUGGAUUAUUGUUGUGAGGGGUGGUGCAAAUUAUAAACGUUUACUUCCAAAGAAUACUUAUAUCAAUACAGCGGAUUUUUCAAAUAUUUCUAUUCUAGCGGACUAUCUCUUAACUCUUGGUAAUGAUAAAGAACGAUAUGUUGAAUUUCUACGUAAUAAAGACAAAUAUGUAAGCAUCCGCUGGCAUGCCAACAGAAAUUGUGAAAUAUGCAGAAGAUUAAAUAAUCUAUCAAAAUAUAGAAAAACAUAUACAUCACUUGGCGAAUAUCUUACCGGCGGCCAGUGCUUUAGACCAAAGGACUUAUAAGUAGAGUUUGUAUAACACAAAUUGAGUGUGUAGUACGAUUUUUGUUAAUACUGACUGAAAUACGUAUACUAUAUUUCGGAACAUACAAAUGAUCUCUACAUGUAGAAACAAAAACAAUUCAAACAUACAAACUAAGAUUAAUUCUAGUGUAUUAAACGAAAACACGAAAUGGUCAACACCUGUAGAACUGGUAACCACUUUUUCCCCUGUGAAACUGGGAGAUGGAUACAAACACCAAAUAAUGAGAGGAACUGCUCUCUUUGUACAACACUAGAUGUUGGUGAUGAAUAUCAUUAUUUACUUAAAUGCCCUUACUUUGAUUAUUCUAGAAAAUUGUAUGUAAAACCAUAUUAUUAUAGAAGACCAAAUAUUCUCAAAUUUAAGGAACUCUUGUCCACAGAGUCAAACAAGAAAUUGCAUUCCAUUUCUAAAUUUAUGAAAAUGUUAAUCGAAACUGUUAAAACUUGAAAUAGCUAUACUUUUACUUAUUAAAUCUUGCUGCUGUCAAACCUUGCUACAUCUGUUUACAACUACCUUUUUCAUAUGCAUGCCAUUGUAUGUUUAUAAGCAAACAUAUUUUACUUACAAAGUGAAAAAAACUGUACUGUAUAUGUAUAUAUGUUUGUAAAUGUAGAGCUCUACAUGCAUGUUUGUUUGUAUAUGUGUAUAUAAGGAUAUGUGUACAUAAUGAUGUGUAUGUGCGAAGUUAAUAUCAUC